AUGGCCGAGCCGGUGUUUGUCGGCAGGGAGGUUGUUUACUGCGGUGUUUGCACACUACCGCCCGAGUACUGCGAAUACGGCGGCACCACAAAGAAAUGCCAAGAAUGGCUCGAAAAGAAACACCCCAGCCUCUACUCCAGGAUAUGGUCUCCUGAAGCCCUCUCAGCAGCAACAGCCUCCCUCUCCCUAGAAGCACAAGAGCGCGCCGCCAAAGACGCCGCCAAAAAAGCCGCCAAGGCCGAGGCCGCCGAGCAGAAGCAGGCCGACCGCCUGGCCAAGAGCGUCAUCACCAUCAAGCGCAUCGAGCGCAACAAGCGGAAAUAUGUGACGUCUGUUACGGGGCUGGAGGCGUUUGGGUUGGAGUUGAAGAAGGUCGCGAAAGAUUUCGGCAAGAAAUUCGCUACGGGCGCGUCGGUCACCAAAGUGCCGAGUGGUGGAGAGGAGAUUGUGGUGCAGGGGGAUGUGAGUGGGGAGAUUGAGGAGUUUUUGUUGGAGAAGUAUAAGGAUAUUCCGGAGGACAAUAUCGAGUUGGUCGAGGAUAAGAAGAAGAAGGGGUCGAGUUAG